AUGGCAACUCUUCCUUAUUUAACUCAAAAUGGAACAUAUGAACAACCAUCUCAAAUCAUUGCAGUAUCAUCAUUAGCGGGUAGUUAUCCGUUACCUCAAACAACUAUUUAUGGUACAACAAAACAUGCUAUUCAAAAUUUCUUUUUGAAUCUUACUCGUGAACUUCGUAUCUCUAAACCGUAUCAAAAUCGUGUUACAACAAGUGUAGCUAUUCUUGGAUUAAUUGCUACUGAACAAGCACUUACUGCAACUGACAAAAGUCUUCAUUUUUUACCAGCUGAUGUACGUAAAACUGCUCAAGCAAUUAUAGCUGCUGGUAUUUAUGGACAAACUCGUUUAUUUUAUCCAUAUCGUUUUGCAGUCAUUCCAUCACUUUAUUAUAUAUUUUCUCCUUUAUUCAAAUUUGUGACUCGUUUAGGCAACUGA